AUGAAUUGGGUUGUGGGCUUUCCGAUCUUAUGCUUUUAUUUGUGGGGCACUGCAUAUCAGCGUGGAUUCUUUUGCGACGACGAAUCGCUGAAACAUCCUUUCAAAACUUCAACAAUUCGGAAUUGGAUGCUGUAUUUUAUAGGACUGGUCCUGCCAAUUGGAUUGAUUCUUAUAGUUGAAAUUGUGAAGGCGAAUAAUGCCAAGGCUUCAACGGAGGAUAUAAUUACACAACGUCGGUAUGUCUUCAUGGACUACGAAAUUCCUGUUUGGAUGGUGCAAUGCUACAAAAGUAUUGGAGUCUUCGGAUUCGGAGCAGCUGUUUGUCAGCUAAUGACUGACAUUGCUAAAUACUCUAUAGGGCGACUGAGACCACACUUUUUUGCUGUCUGCCAGCCUAUCAUAUCCGACGGCACCACUUGUGAUGAUGCUAUCAACGUGGGAAGGUAUAUUGAAGAUUUCACCUGCAGAGGUGAUGAUUCCUCGAAGCGCAUGCUAAAAGAAGUACGUCUCUCUUUCCCCAGUGGGCAUUCAAGCUUUACAUUCUACACAAUGGUUUAUACCGCGUUAUACCUACAAUCGCGCAUGAACUGGCAUGGGUCGAAGCUGUUGCGACACUUUCUGCAAUUUCUUUUCAUUAUGAUCGCGUGGUACACGGCCUUGAGUAGGGUAUCCGAUUACAAACACCAUUGGUCUGAUGUGCUGGCUGGUUCUACAAUAGGGGCUCUCACUGCCGUCAUUGUGGCGAAAUACGUGUCCGAUUUGUUUCAGCGAAGAUCCUCUCAACAAUAUCUGCUACCUCGUACAUCUCAAGACGCACAACCGCAGACGGUAGCCAAUAACGGGCUGUAAUUUUCGGCUGUGAAUAAAACAGUAUUUCGCCUUUUAUCCACAAACGUGUUUUAAACGAUUUAACAUUAUUACUAAAAUUAUGUGUGUAUGUCUUGAUAUGCAAGUGAUGAUAGCGCCAAUUCAUUCUAAAGCCUUUGUACUAUUUAUGUUAUCUAAUACGUAAUAAUUAAGAGCAGCAAUAAAUUUAAGUGUAUAUGUAUGUGAACAUAUGGUAAAUAGAUGUAAGGACAUAAUAAGUUGAAUAUACAUAUACGUGCUAACCUGCAUACAUAUAAGUUAUGUAACGAUGCUGCAAUAACGUACACGAGUCCCGAAUUUUGGAACAAGGAUCGAAGGAUCUACUCGAGUGAUGAAUGAGUUAAUGUGUGUCUUAAAUGAAUUUUACAGCGAUCAGCUGAUAACAAUCAUUAGUGUUCAAUACGCAAUAACAAUAGUAAUUGCCUUAUAAGAAAAAAAAACAUAAAAUUCAAAAGAAAAUACUGUGAAAGAAAAAAGUACAUAUGUAUGUAUAUAUGGGAUACUAUAUGUACAUAUGAAGCAAUAAUUAAUGAAUGGGCAAUCGUAGCUUAAAGCUUUCGUUUCACAUUCGCUGUUGAAGUACAAAAGUAAGCGUCGUUAGAAUUUCGGUAUUUUAUUUAACAAUUAGAAAUAAUAAAAUAUAAGUAUUAAUAUAGUAUUAGAGAUUUCAA